UGCUCUCUUUCGUGUGAAAUCACGGAGAACGUUGUGAAUCGAGAACCGGUGAAGCUUCACAAACAUUUAGACUUUAUUUAUUAAUAGUAUUCCAGGUGGACGACCAUGGCCUCGGGAGGGGAAUCCAAAAAUGAUGAUCUAGCCACUGCAAUUCUGAAACAGAAGAACAGACCCAACAGACUGAUUGUUGAUGAAUCCAUCAAUGAAGACAACAGCGUGGUGUCUCUCUCUCAGACCAAGAUGGAUGAGCUGCAGCUCUUCCGUGGAGACACAGUCCUGAUGAAGGGAAAGAAGAGGAGGGAGACUGUGUGCAUCGUGCUCUCUGAUGACACCUGUUCUGAUGAAAAGGUUCGGAUGAACCGAGUGGUCCGCAACAAUCUGAGGGUCCGUCUGGGUGAUGUCAUCAGCAUUCAGCCAUGUCCCGAUGUGAAGUACGGAAAGAGGAUCCACGUCCUCCCAAUCGAUGACACAGUAGAAGGAAUUACUGGCAACCUGUUUGAGGUUUACCUGAAGCCAUACUUUUUGGAGGCUUACAGGCCAAUCCGCAAAGGUGAUAUUUUUCUGGUCAGAGGUGGCAUGCGUGCUGUGGAGUUCAAGGUGGUGGAGACUGAUCCCUCCCCAUACUGCAUCGUUGCCCCUGAUACAGUCAUCCAUUGUGAGGGAGAACCAAUCAGGAGAGAGGAUGAGGAAGAGUCCCUGAAUGAGGUGGGCUAUGAUGACAUUGGAGGCGUGAGGAAGCAGUUAGCUCAGAUCAAAGAGAUGGUGGAGCUGCCUCUUAGACACCCUGCACUGUUCAAGGCCAUUGGAGUCAAGCCACCACGUGGAAUCCUGCUGUACGGACCCCCUGGAACUGGAAAGACAUUGAUUGCCAGAGCUGUGGCCAAUGAAACUGGAGCUUUCUUCUUCUUGAUCAAUGGUCCUGAGAUCAUGAGCAAGCUGGCAGGAGAGAGCGAGAGUAACCUGAGAAAGGCCUUCGAGGAAGCAGAGAAGAAUGCCCCUGCCAUCAUCUUCAUCGAUGAGCUUGAUGCAAUUGCUCCCAAAAGAGAGAAGACUCAUGGAGAGGUGGAGAGGCGCAUUGUUUCUCAGCUGCUUACUCUAAUGGACGGCCUGAAACAGAGAGCUCAUGUUAUCGUCAUGGCUGCCACCAACAGACCCAACAGCAUUGACCCAGCUCUGAGGAGAUUUGGUCGUUUCGAUAGGGAGGUGGACAUUGGCAUUCCUGACGCCACUGGCAGAUUGGAGAUUCUUCAGAUUCACACCAAGAACAUGAAGCUGGCUGAUGACGUUGACUUAGAACAGGUCGCCAAUGAGACUCAUGGACAUGUGGGUGCAGAUCUGGCUGCCCUCUGCUCUGAGGCUGCCCUGCAGGCCAUCAGGAAGAAGAUGGACCUGAUUGACCUUGAGGAUGAGACCAUUGAUGCUGAGGUCAUGAACUCGCUUGCUGUCACCAUGGAUGACUUCAAGUGGGCCCUGAGCCAGAGCAACCCAUCAGCACUGAGGGAGACAGUUGUUGAGGUCCCCAACAUCACCUGGGAGGAUAUCGGAGGUCUGGAGGAUGUCAAGAGGGAGCUGCAGGAGUUGGUGCAGUACCCAGUGGAGCACCCAGACAAGUUCCUCAAGUUUGGCAUGACCCCAUCCAAGGGUGUGCUGUUCUAUGGUCCCCCUGGUUGUGGUAAGACUCUUCUGGCCAAAGCCAUCGCCAAUGAGUGCCAGGCAAAUUUCAUCUCCAUCAAAGGGCCUGAGCUGCUCACCAUGUGGUUUGGAGAGUCUGAGGCCAAUGUCAGAGAGAUCUUUGACAAGGCUCGUCAAGCAGCCCCAUGUGUUCUGUUCUUCGAUGAGCUGGACUCCAUAGCCAAGGCUCGUGGUGGCAAUGUGGGAGAUGGUGGCGGAGCAGCUGAUCGUGUCAUCAACCAGAUCCUGACCGAGAUGGAUGGAAUGUCCAGCAAGAAGAACGUCUUCAUCAUUGGAGCCACCAACAGACCAGACAUCAUUGACCCCGCCAUCCUGAGACCUGGCCGUCUGGAUCAGCUCAUCUACAUCCCACUGCCUGACGAAAAGAGCAGGAUGAGCAUCCUGAAGGCCAACCUCCGCAAGAGUCCCAUCAGCAAGGAUGUGGAUUUGGACUUCCUUGCCAAGAUGACCAACGGCUUCUCUGGAGCUGACCUUACAGAGAUCUGCCAGAGGGCGUGUAAGCUCGCCAUUAGAGAGAGCAUCGAGAACGAGAUCCGCCGAGAGAGGGAGAGGCAGACCAACCCGUCAGCUAUGGAGGUGGAAGAGGACGACCCUGUGCCAGAGAUCAGGAAGGACCACUUUGAGGAGGCUAUGCGAUUUGCCCGUCGCUCCGUCAGUGACAAUGACAUCCGCAAAUAUGAGAUGUUUGCUCAGACACUGCAGCAGAGCCGUGGCUUUGGCAGCUUCAGGUUUCCCUCCAGUACUGCAGGCGGCAGCGGUCCAACCCAUGGCACAGGAGGAACUGGCAGUGGUCCAGUGUUCAAUGAAGACGUCGACGAUGACCUUUAUGGAUAAAUGUACACUGCCCAACAGUACCGGGAUCACACCUGUACAAAUUCUCACCAGAUUCCACAUUUUUAGGACUUUGUGCUUCUUUCAUGUGUUCCUUUUUUUUUUUUUGUAUGAUUUCCCUCAGAGAAAGCAUGUAACCGCUUGGUUUGCCCUGGCUUUGAUGUGGGUGGGGGUUAGGGGAUGUUGAAAAUGGAAGGUGAGUGAGUGACUGCAGUUAUUUUUUUGUUUUUUUUUCUUUACUUUUUUUGUUCUGUGGGGUGGGAGGAGGGGUUUCUGGGGGUGUGGGGGGGUUUAUUGAGUGGCCUCAUUCUCAGUAUAUCACAACCAACAUGAAUGGCUUUAGUGACGGGAUUCUAUGCUCGACCAUAAAACAAAAGAAAAACAUAUUGCUAAUGACUUCCUCUUUUUUUAAAUAAACAGUAGCAUUUAAUGUAUUACAAAUUUGUCAAGGUUAUGUUGUUGAAAAUAAAAUCUCACGAAAUGGA